AUGAAUGCCCAGAUAUCAUUUCUUGAUGGGACUUUCCGCCUAAUACAUAUUCCCUUACAAUUAUAUCCGAACUUUCUUCAGCCUAUACUACAGGUCCUUUUACCUCAAGGCGGGGAUGAUGAUUCUCUCGCGCCCGAGGUUGAAGGCCUCAGCAUUGACAAUAAACAUGGGUUCCUCAACAUAAGCAUAACGCCUGUCGAGUGUUCGAUAGUGUGUCAUAGUAAUUGGGCCAAGAAUGUCUUCGAACCGGUCAUUAAGCGUCUUCCCCCAAACCUCUCGAAGACUGUCACAAUCUCAAAGGAUACUUAUCUUAUCCUUUCGGUUAUAAGUGCUGGAAUGGAUGCGGGAAGUCGAGUUAUGGACUUGACUUGUCCUCUCGCACUAGCAGGUGUACCAAUCUUCUUCAUAACAACCUACUACUCGGAUUUCAUCUUGGUACCUAGCAAGGAUCGACAGACUGUUGUUCAAGUGCUGCUCGCCCGAAAUUUCGAGUUUGACCAGGAUGAGUCAGCGUACGUAUCGCCAAGUGCGAUGUCUCACGUUCGUGGGAGGAGUCAAAGCAGCGAUCCUCCAUCAACGCCACCACCAUCUAAUGUAGCGGAAUUACAAGUACGAACGUUCGAAUUAUUAAAGAAACGAAAUGUUGUCCCAUAUAUUAGUCCUUAUCUCCGCCUAGUGCAAUGUUCCGGAAGGGAUCCCUCGCAAAUGGUCGAUUACAGUCGGCGGCCAUCUCUGAGUAGACACAUGAGCGGCAAUGGGCAUCGGAGGAGUUGGCUCGACAAUGUCGAUACGAAGUUAUAUACCAGUCUCAUUUCUGUACUGGCCAAGCAACCUAGGUUUCUUUCGAUUACCCUAGCUCAAGAAGACCCGCCGUCGUUAUUAUUGGAUAGAGAAUAUCUUGGUGUUUUUGGCGACUCUCUCGUGGGCGAUACGGAAGGCGAUCUUGUCCCUAUUUUCCUUGAUCUUGUGAAUCUCCCUCUUGAGGCUACCGGCAUCGUUUCUGGGGUCGCGGGAAAGCUUAUCCAAGAAAUGGGAAUGGAUGAUACAGGCGUCAGCAGCGAGCUUUCAUACCUUUCGACGGCACAAGCUGGCGCAGUUAUUCUAUCAUGCGAACAGUCUAUGAAGGCACUUGAGGUGCUGAAACCUUUACUAUCUAAGGAGUGA